AUGGCCCGCCUCCUCUCCCGCCUCACGCGCACCUACCGUCGCAUCCUCACGUCCGCGCAGACGACGACCACCUACGCCUCUUCCGCCGCCCGAGCGCGCGUAGCCCCAGACACGACCUCACGCACCGGCCUAACUUUAUCCGAAGCAUGCCAGAUCCUGAACGUGCGGCCGCCACAGCACGGAAAGGCGGACAUGAGUAUUGUGUGGCAGCGGUUUACGCGGCUGUUUGACGUGAACGAGCCCGAGAACGGCGGGAGUCUGUAUCUGCAGAGCAAAGUCCUCCGUGCAAGGCAGAGGAUCGAGGAGGAGGUUGCCAAGGCGCAGGAGAAGGCCGAGAGGGAGGAGGAGCUGCAGAGGGGGUGGAGGCCGAAGCUUUUUCGGUAG